GUCUUUAUCUCAAUAAUAUAUUGUGUGAAUUUAAAGAAAAGUUUUUUUUUGGGGGUAAAAAAAUUCGACUUUCUCAGAUUUUCUCCAAAUUCACAGUGUUGGUUACUGAGAUGAAGAUAAACACAGGGGUGCACUUAGUUUUGUUCUCUCCCACUCCUAAGCUGAGAUGUAAGAAUAAAUUGAAUAUAUGAUGAGUAUUGAAAACCCAGCAGUUGGUAGGACUGAUCCACACCACACACCACUGAACUCCAGCACCAACUGUUUAAAACAUCAAACCUUCACUUUAUUCACUAAACUGUAGAAACUGUUGUGGAAAAGUGUUUGUCAGGUUUCAGACCUCACACAGUGCUGGUUAAAGUGGAAAUGACCAAACACUGGAGGUGUUUUCCUUCUUGUAAAGCUUCUGCUCUAGAUCACAAUAAUUCCUCUAGAUUACUUUACUAGAAAAUGAAUAGAGCGUCUUUCUUCUGGCUCAGGUCUGCUCUGCUUUACCAAAUGCUAUGCUAAUAGCAUUCAGCUAUCUGUUUCAGUAAAAAGAGAAACAACCGACUCCAUCUUAAUAAAGUUGAUGAAUAAGUCAAAUUUAUUCUGUACAUAAGUUUAAGUAACUUUAUUCUUCAAUACAAAGUAAAAAUAAUGCAGCAGUAUCUGAUUAAACAUUGACCUGUAACUCAUCACCAUGUGUACAAAUACAUCGCUGUGUUUAUGUGUUUAUCUUCAUCUCAGUAACCAACAGUGUGAAUUUAAGGAAAAUCUGAGAACGUCAAAUUUUUCACCUAAAAACCCACAAAGUCUCUUCUUCUUAUUCAACAUAAAAAUUCAACAUUUCAACAUUCUCAGAUUUUCACUAAAUUCACAACAUAUAUUAUCGAGAUAAAGACGAACACAGGGGUGUGUUUACUUAUGCUCUACCUCAUUACAAAGCUGAUAUCUGAGACUCCAGGUUCCAAUAUUACAGUCAGUUGAACACACAGGUUUUGUUGCACUGAUGGAAACAUUUACUGGUUGAUUAAAACUAAAUGCAGCUCCUGCUCAUGUGACGACCUUCAGAACACACACUGUGACUCGGGAAAAUUUGAGAAGGUCGAAUUUUUCAUGAAAAAUAGUUAGAAUGUGUUUUUUGGUUGAAAAAUUCGACUUUCUUAUAUUUGACCCAAACUCACACUUUUCAUUACUGAGAUGAAGAUAAACACAGUGAUGCACUUCGCUUUCUUCUACUCAACUCCGAAACUGAGAUCUGAAAUACCAGGUCCCAUGUGUUGUACAGACACACAGUGAUAAGUUUCAGGUUAAUGAUGAUGAUGAAGAAGAUGAUGAUGAUGAUGAUAAAACAUACAUACAGAGCUGACAUGCAGUGAAAUGAUGAAGGUUGAAGCCUUUGGGUUUUGGGUUGAAGUUCUGUACAGUGGUUCAGACUGUUUGUUGUCUCACUCUGUUCUCACCACAAUCUUUUUGUAUUUUCAACUUAAAUCAACACUGAAAGCUGUAGUGUAGUGUGUAGUGUGUAGUGUGUAGUGUAACCUCCUGACUUCCAUUUGUGUAAUUUUCUGCAUCAUGUUGGUAAUAAACACACACACACACACACACACACAAACGUUCAUCACGGGUUUUUCUCCAGCAACUAAACUGAAGGACAGAAAGAUCAUUCUCCAGUCCUGAGAGAGAGAGAGAGAGAGAGAGAGAGAGAGAGAGAGAGACUCUGCUGCAGGUGUGAGGAUGGAUGUACAGGUGUGUAUUGCGUUCUCAUUGGUGGUUUUGUGGGCUGCUGUAGAUGCUCAGGUGCCUCACUGGGGGGCGUGUCCUGAACCGAGCACUCAGCCCACCUUCAACCUCAAACAGUUUAUGGGACGCUGGUUCGAGGUGGUGAAGCUCCCAGCACAGUUUGAGAAAGGGAGAUGUAUCGAGACAAACUUCACACUGACAUCUGGAGGGUCGGCUCUCGUCCAGAGCUCCGAGAUCCUGAAAGGUGAAGUGAGGAGGAUUGAAGGAACAGCUGUGGUUGAUGACCAGAGGAACCCAGCAAAACUGGGCAUCAGCUUUUCAUAUGUUCUCCCCUACACUCCGUAUUGGAUUCUCUACACAGAUUACGUCAGCGUGGCCGUGGUGUACUCCUGCACAGAUGUUUUCAGGAUCUUUCAUGUGGACUUUGCGUGGAUAUUGGGACGCAGCCGAACUCUGCCCGAGUCCACGAUCCAGCACGCUAAAGAGAUCCUUAUAGAGAACCACAUCGAUGUGAGCCGCAUGAUCUCCAGCCCACAGGAGGACUGCGACCGGGCCAGGAAGGACCGGGCUGUGUUUCAAUCCUCUCUGUAAUGCUCCC